AUGCAGGCUGCUUCUACAAACAUUUGUGAAAGAAUGGGUCGCUUUCAGGAGCUCAGUGAAUUCAAGCGUGGUACCGUGAUAGGUUGCCACCUGUGCAAUAAGUCCAUCCGUGACAUUUCCUUCCUACUAAAUAUUCCACGCUCAACUGUUAGUGGUAUUUAUAACAAAGUGGAGGUAACUGGGAACAGCAGCAACUCAGCCACCAAGUGAGCGGGGUCAGCGCAUACUGAAUCACACAGUGCCCAGAAGUCGCCAACUGUCUGCAGAGAGUCAAUAGCUAAAGACCUCCCAACUUCAUGCGGCCUUCAAAUUAGCACAACAACAGUGAAUAGAGAACUUCAUGGAAUGGGUUUCCAUGGACAA